CGGUCUAAGGACCUCAGGGAGAAGUAAACAAAAAAUGAUGGUUCGUUAAUUUUGCCACCUUCGUCUAUUUAAUUAACUUAACGCGUUUGUUUUUUCGCGCCGAUCACAACCAAAUGGCAGAGGACAACGAACUAGAAAAACGUGCAAUAGAGGAACUCCUCCGGGAGACUGACAGGGCUCGGGUGAGAGCAGAGACCAUGGGCCCUGCAGGAUGGUUGAAGUGUCCACUCAGGAGCACCAACAAGCGCUUUCUCCUCAACACCCUUCGAUCCACCGGCCUGCAGCGGCGCACCGGUGAUCCCAGAGGGGGACACUCCGCCACUAGAGGGCGCCCGAGGAGCGAGUCCCCGGAGAGAAGCCGUGGCCGCAGCAGAUCACCCGCCAGAGACCACCGUAGUAAUGGAGACCACACAGAAAAUAAACAUCAUCACAGGGACAGCAGCACAAAAAAACAUCAGAAAUACAGCAGAGACAAGGACAGGAGCCACAGACAUAAAGACAACUCAGACGGGAGACACAGGAAAGAUGGACAUAACAGAAACAGAGACAAACAUAAAUGAAGAUCUGUGGCACUCCUCUUCCAAAGGCCACUCCUGAACUAUACCGACCACCCACACGCCUCACAGAGCCCCUGGCAGUGUGUCCUGCAUAGCUGGUAUGUUAGAUGACAUGGAAGAUACUUUAAUAGCUUUUAUUUUUUUAUCCCUUCUAAUAAAAAUGGGCUUGUUUUAAGCCACAGAAACAAGGUGGAGAUUAUUCAACCAUUAAAGCUGUUUUACAGAAGCUGGAAGCAGAUUGUAGAGAUUUAGACCCUUCAUGCAAAAUGGACUAAGAUAAGCAGAGUUUUAUUUACUAUUUCUAUGAGUAAUUCUAGAGAAUCGGAGUGAAUAGAAUAUCUAAUUACCUUUUUUAGUAGAUCAGAAUUUUUUGUUGUUUUUUUUACAAAGCUUUACCUUUUCUGAGCUCUCAUAUUUCAUAUGACUAAGGAUUUGGCGUAAAUGUGUUUCACCUACAGUAGAGGAGGUUUGGUUGCAAUUAUAAUGUCAUUACUAUUCUUCUGUCAAUGUUUACUGAGGCCAUGUUGCUGUCGCCACUGGGCAAGCACUUUUUUAUCGCGUGUCCAACUUUUUGACAUGUGUAUGUACACCGCCUAUCAGAAACGGUUUUGUUUGUUAAAGUUCUCCUGGCACUCCUAAUGGUCACCCAGUCCUCUUGAACAUGAGAUCAUUCAAAGACUGUAACAGCAAUAAACAAACUACCAGUACUAAAGAAAAUGCUGGUUUAGUGACUGAACUCCUAAAUGUGCAUUUGGACAUACGAGAUUUGUUCAGGGUUUUGAAGUAUUUUAAUACCUGCUGUUUGUAUCUGUUCUGUUUUUACUGUUCUGCGUGCAAGUGCGUUCUAUAAAGAGCAGUUGUCGA